UUGAAGGAAAAGACAAGGGAGGGUACACAUUGUUAUGGUGAGGAGAUUCAGCAAUUUAACCUUGACUUUUUCUUCUGGGCACCGCAAAAUAUGUUAUAUGAAAUGCGUUCUAAUCUGACUCAAGCUAACUGAAAGCAUGAAAAUAUACUUUUUAUAUUCUUCCACCGUGCAUUUAUUAUACUCAACAUUGUCUCACAAUGUGAUAAAACAGUGCAGAAAAACCAUCAGUUUGUACUAUGCUAUUGAAGCUUAAAGGAGACAUGUAAAAUUACAAAUUUGGAUGUUUAGAAGUCAAAGUGCACAGACCCCCAAGUAGAAGUUAAAAUGUUGAAUGUGCUAUUAAGUAAUUAUAAAAGUAAAAAGAAAAGUUAAACUAUAGUUAAAUGACAAAAAUUGAUUUUUAAAAAUCUCAUUCGACCAUUCUGUGUUAAUAAAUUAGGGGAACUCAGCUCACUACACAACAGCAAAUGUGUUCCUUAGAUCAACACAUAAAACUCGGGGUGUUGGAUAAGUUGAAUGUGGAAAUGUAUUCAUCACGACCUGAUUUUGUUACUGAAUUCACCAGUUCAAAUCUCUCUGACAUUCACAUGCAGGCUUUGCUUUCCCCAGAAGUCAAUAAUGAGAAACCACACAGCAAUAACGACAUUCAUCCUUCUGGGACUGACGGAAGAUCCUCAGCUGCAGGUUUUGCUUUUUAUUUUCCUACUUACCACCUACGUGUUGAGUGUAACUGGAAAUCUGACCAUCAUCACCCUCACCUUGGUGGAUCCCCACCUUAAAACACCCAUGUAUUUUUUCCUCCAAAAUUUCUCUUUCCUAGAAAUCUCAUUUACAACUGCCUGUGUUCCAAGAUUCCUGUACAGUAUAUCAACUGGAGACAGAACAGUUACCUACAACGCAUGUGCCAUUCAACUAUUUUUUACAGAUCUCUUUGGGGUGACUGAAUUUUUCCUUUUGGCCACCAUGUCUUAUGAUCGCUAUGUGGCCAUCUGUAAACCCUUGCAUUAUAUGACAAUCAUGAGCAAAAAAGUAUGUAAAACCAUGGUUAUCUGCUGUUGGAUGGCAGCAUUUAUGAUCAUCCUCCCACCACUUAGCUUAGGUUUUAAUCUGGAAUUCUGUGACUCUAAUGUCAUUGAUCAUUUUGGCUGUGAUGCAUCUCCUCUCCUGAAAAUCUCAUGCUCAGACACGUGGCUAAUUGAGCAGAUGGUUAUAGCCUGUGCUGUGCUGACCCUCAUCAUUACCCUGGUAUGUGUAGUUCUCUCCUACAUAUAUAUCAUGAAGACAAUUCUAAAAUUCCCUGCUGUUCAACAAAGGAAAAAGGCCUUUUCCACUUGUUCUUCCCACAUGAUUGUAGUUUCCAUCACCUAUGGCAGCUGCAUCUUCAUCUAUGUCAAUCCUUCUGCAAAAGAAGAGGUAGAAAUUAAUAAAGGUGUGUCAGUACUCAUUUCAUCCAUAUCACCAAUGUUGAAUCCUUUCAUAUAUACCCUGAGGAAUAAGCAAGUUAAACAAUCCUUUAAUGACUCACUCAAAAAAAUUGCAUCCCUCUCAAAGAAGUAAAAUGUACCUAAGUUGAUAAAUCAUGUUAAAAUAUGUAUAUUUACUUUAUAUUUUUCAUAAAUUCCUUAACCUAUAGAGUAAUCAGGCUGAUCUCACAGCCAUUUAA